AUGUCUUUCACUCAGUUUGGGGCAUGCAGCAUCCACUGCUGAGUCUUCAGGAAACACAAGAGUCAGAGACAAGUGUAUUCCCUAUUAUUACUACUGGAAUUUAGAGCUGCCAAAGAAAUCCUGGGAUUUGCAGCUCUACUGGAAUAUUAUUAAGAUAAUUUAAAGGAAUUGCAAUUUGAAGCUCCAUCACAGGGCCUGUGACACAAAGAUCUUAUACAGAGUCUUACCCUUAUACUCUGUUACAGCCGGACCCUAGUUAUGUCUGGAAGUUUGGGAGCGCCCACUGUGACCAAAGUCAUAGGAUGUAUCAUCUAUUUGCAGAUCAUGGCCACAUAUGCCCAUACCAAAGACAUCACCCUUACAGAGCCUAACUCUAUAAUCAAAGCCGAGAUCGGGGACGAGCUUCUUAUCACAUGUCUAGGCACCAAAUGCCAGGAUCCGGUCUUCACCUGGGCUUCCCUGUCUGACAAUCCGUUAAGUGGUACAGUUGCCAAAGAUGGACAAAUAUCUGUCCUGACUAUGAAGAUCAGCAGUGAGAACCUUGACAUGUAUGAUUCCUACCGGUGUACCGUGCAUUGUGAUAAUCCUCCUGCGGAAAAGGGCUUCAAGGUGAUAGCUUACUCAUUUCCUAAACCCAUCCUGACCAUCUCAUCUCUUGUGGCCGGAGAACAGUCACGGAUCACCUGUACCAUUCCUGAUGCCUAUCCAUUUUACAUGUUUGAUGCUCGGAUCUUGAUUGGAGAGAUGAUUGUGGCUGAGUAUGAGGUCCCAGAUGAAGAUUUAGAAGGGCACGUACUGCAAAAUAUCAGCCUGUCUCAUAAUUUAAUGCUGACUGAUAAAAAUGAGGCACAAGAGAUUAAAUGUGAAGCUGAACUACGAUUUCAGGAAAAUGAAUUUGACCCUAUAUCUUCAGAUACAUCUAUACAACUCAACCUUCUAUAUCCUCCAGGAAAACCAACUAUCAUAGUUUUCCCUGACACAAAUGUAAAAAAAGCAGAAAACAUCUCCCUGACUUGUACAUUUGAAAGUAGAUCCCCAGUUAGUGUGCAGUGGGUGAAAGUGGAUAAGGACAAUGAGCUGGUGAUGAGCAUUGAUGAGCAUCUGACAAUUCCGAAUGCAGAGCCAGAAGAUAGCGGGAUGUAUAUUUGCCGUGUACAAAACAACAUAGGAAACACAUCUUCCCAUGUGCUGAUCACUGUACAAGCUCUUCCAGAAAAACCUACGUUGACCAUAUAUCCUACAACCAAAGUGCAAAUUGGACAGUCUAUCACAAUUGAAUGCCUAGCUAAUGAAAGUGAUGUGCACGUGACCUUGUGGAAGGUAUUAAAAGAUGCAGAUAAUCCCCUAAAAGUAAAUGGAAAAUUAGUCAUACAAGAAGCAGACCCAAUAGACACCGCCAUAUACAAGUGCAUAGCUGAAAAUUAUUAUGGAGUUAGUGAAGCAUCAGAAUCACUCACAGUGGAAUAUCCUCCAAUUGACACUGUAUUUACUUCUUCUGACGAGAAAGUGAAUGAAGGAGGUGAAGUCACUUUGACAUGUACUUCAAACGGAGUCCCUGAACCCAGCUUUUUACUAUAUCAUUUAUUGCCAUCGGGGGACAGAGAUCUGCUUUCUGAAGGUCCAGUGGUCACAUUGACAAAUGUGACCAGUGGGGUUUAUCAAUGUGAAGCCACAAACUCGCUGGGCAGCAAGAAAGAGAAAUUGGAGCUUAGACUGCAAUUUCCACCUAGAAAUACAUUUCUAAACAUUAUGCCAUCCUUGGUAACAAGAGAGGGAGAGAGUAUACACUUCAGGUGCACAUCAGAAGCUUAUCCUGCCCCCAGACUGGUGUUGAAGAAAGAGACAGAGACAGGCUUGAUUGACUUGGAAGCUAAGAACGGGCAGUAUAGUAUUACACAUGUGACAGAAGAGCAUGCAGGAAGAUAUAUUUGUGAGUCCUCAAAUGUGGUGGGAAAGCAAGAAGCCAAAGCUACUGUAACCGUGCAAGUUCCACCCAAGAAUACAAAUAUAACCAUUACACCCUCAUCAGAGGUAAGAGAGGGAGACUUCAUAGACAUCAUAUGUGUUUCAGAAGCUUCUCCUGCUCCCAGACUUUCUCUGAAGGUGAGGACAGAAGAUGGUGUGAGAGAGCUGGUACCGGAGGGUGGACGGUACCAAAUUGCACAUGCUGGCAUGAAACACAGUGGGACAUACAUCUGUGAAUCUACCAAUAUUGCAGGACAGCAACAAGUGGAGACCACACUGACCAUACAAGUUCCGCCCAAAAAAACAGUUCUAACCAUCAGCCCUUCACCUGUAUUAAAGGAGGGUGAGAGUGGACACAUCAGGUGCAUAUCAGAAGCUUUUCCUGCCCCCAGAUUGGUGCUGAAGAAGCAGACAGAGGCAGGCCCGAUUGAGCUAGAAGUGGAAAGUGGGGAGUACAGCCUUACACAUGUUGCAGUGGAGCAUGCAGGCACCUAUAUAUGUGAAUCAACAAAUGUGGCUGGGCAGCAAAUAGCUGAGACCACACUGACUAUACAAGCUCCACCCAAAAACACUUUUAUAUCAAUCACUCCAUCUUCAGUGGUGAAAGAGGGGGAUGAUGUACAGAUCCAGUGUAUAUCUGAAGCAUAUCCUUCCCCGUGGCUUGUCCUCAUGAUGAAGACAGAACAUGGCCUCAUUAGACGGUUGGAAUCUGAGGAUGGACGGUACAAUAUCACAAAAGCAGAAGAGAAGAACACAGGAACAUACAUCUGUGAAUCUACAAAUGUGUUUGGACAGCAAACAGCAGAGGCCGCAUUGACUAUACAAAUUCCACCACGAAACACCACAGUUGUGACUCCAUCACAGAACAUCACAGCAGGUGUUACUGUCACUAUCACUUAUGACAUCAUCCCACCUCCAGAGCGUCAGCAAAGCCCGAGAUUUGACUACGUGCCACCAGCAAUCAUUGGAUCUGUAGUCCUUGUAACAGCUGGUUUUAUAGGAAUAGUUGCUCAUCAUCUAAAGCAGGCGAAAGUACAAGGAUCCUACAGUUUAGUAAAAGCAUUGAGGAACAAAGUAUGACUUUAAAAAAUGGAUUUAUUGGACAUCUUUAGAUGCAGAAUGAUAUUACAAUACUGUUGAAAAGGGCCACAGUUUGUGGCAGAAUAAAAGCGGAAUCAGUCAAAAGUUCACAGGGUUUGUUCGUGAAAUUCAAAGUCCACUUGUGCUGGCCACAGCUUUGCCUAGGGAUACAUGAAAUGAACAAGGAUGUGGCAACGUAAUAUUUCAAUGGACCUAUCGUUAAAGAAACACAAAGACUAUAAAAGACAAUUAUUUAAGAGAGAAAGUAUCUCUCAACUGAGACUGAAUGGAGCCAACUUGUUAAAAAUCACUGUUUGCACUUAGUUUUUCCUAUCCUGUACAUAUUUUGUAUAUGUGUGUUUUCUAUGUUUCUAGAACUGUCUGUAUUUAAUUUAAUAUUACUUUGUUUGUGUGCUGACUCUAUUUUCACGUUUGUUUUAUGUGGUAGAGAUGUGUUACGUGAGUUGAAUCCUAAUUUGCCCAUUUAACUAGAGAGGCUAGAGAGGUUCCAGCCUUCUUUUGUUGGCACUGAAAUGAAAGAGCUGAAUAUAUGGAAGGAUCAAACCCAGAAUGGAUAGAAUGGGUAUUUUGUCACCGGGGGUGCAAAAGGAAACAAUACUGUUAUAUUUAUAAGAAGAAAAGAGACUACUGUGGAUGAUUCAUCUAUUAUGCUUGUUUGGUACAUAGAAAAGUUCCUUUGAAAAAGCUGAACAUUAGGCUAGGAGAGUGCACUGUGAAGUAUGAUUUUCUUGAAUGAUGGUUCUGACUACAAGAUAACAAUUUAUAAAGCUUUACAAAAGAUUCUGGGUACAGAUUGAAGCAUAUGAACACAUAUUUUGAAUAAUUAUUGCAAUGUCUACUUUACGGUAAAUUUUUAUAUAACUCACAUUUUUAUACGAUUGCUCGCGUAUAUCUAUUGUAUUAAAUAUACAGAUUUAAAGAUUAAAGAAGUGGGACUCUCAGAGA